UUCUUAGGAUGUGGAGGUACAAGCAGCCUGGCUUUGCUCUGCGUCUCCUUUGUGAGCUGCAGAAACAGCAGCAAUGCAGCCUUCACUGUGAUAUAAUUCUGCAGACUGACGGUGUAUCUAUUCCUGCUCACAGCUGUGUGUUGUCUGCCCUCAGUCCAGUAUUUUAUAGAGCCUUUGCCAAUGUUCCUUUACUUCCAGUGGGCCAGAGUAGACUAGUAGAGCUGGAGGCAAUAAGAGCUCAUGCCCUGAUUAAGUUGGUUGGGUUCAUGUACUCAGGGGAGAUGGAGGGAGAGAGCAUGGAUGAACAGCAAGAAGUGAUUGACAUUGCCUGCAGGCUGGGCUUUGGUAACAUUAUGGAAGGGAAGGAAAAUCAGGUGAACAGGCACCAAAAUAAAACUGCAAGUUGGAGGGAGCUUGGCCUGCAGACAGAAGAGACAGAAGGGAGAAAGAUAGAUGCCAGCGUACAGAGUCUGUUCGAGAAACCGAACUUUACUCAUUCAGGAACUCAGACAGACAGCACUGAAACUCACUUCGUAGACAGUUGUGUUGCAUCAGAGCCAGAGCUGUCGAUAGACCUGUCUGAUGAAUUAACUGAUGUUGCUAGCGAAUAUAACAGCAUUUCUCCAGACACUGGUCUUGCCUGGAUUGAUGAGAUUGUUGCACACUCUUCGCCGAAAAGCACUGAAGCCUUGGUUAAAGUGCAUGCCAAAUGUCAGCAAACUCAAAAGGAAAAGAAAAGAGCAAAAUAUUUAAAGAAGCAGGGAGAUACACAGAUCUCAUUGAAGAUUAAACUGAAAAGGCAGAAGAGUGGGGCACUGUGGGAGAUUGUUAGCAUCCAAGAAGAGAGUACAGGUGAUGGAUCAAAAACUUGUGGAUCCUCUGGUGACCCACCAAUGACGCACAGUCUUGCAAAGAGCUCUGCAGAAGAACAGCUGAGCCCCUCUCCCUUAGUGACUUGUCAGAAUCUUAAAACUGUCACGCUCACACCUCCCUUAGAGCUGACCACUCCUCUUCCUUCUACACCAAUCAGGCCCCCUUCAGAGACCUUUUGUCCCAUUGCCCGCGAUCCCUCUCCAUUCUCCUCCACUUUACAAAUGCCACCUCUCUCAAUGGAUGUGUCACAGCCCCAAGAGUCAGACGAACAUAUCGGAAAGCUGUUAGAGAUGAUCACAGGAUUAAACAUCUUGCCCUCAAUCACAAUGGAAGGAAACAGCAGCAUGCCUGCACACCUGGAAAAACUGGAGAAAUGUGCAGCUGUAGCUAAUUCACCAGCUUCAUAUUGUUGUUUGCUUGGCCAUGAUCUAGGAGCUGUGGGAUCUAGGACAACAUCAGGAACUUCUGAACAAAGAGAAGCAGGGUCUGAGGACCUGUCUGUUUGCAGAAAAUGGAAUCUAAAGAACCAAACAUUGUUUUCCAAUACCUCUCCAAGCAUGACAGAAAAGAAAAAUAUUGAUUCAUCAUUUACACCACCAUGCCCCAUGACAGAUAUUGUGACACCUAAGCUUAUUUUUGGUAACGAAGGUCUUGAGCAUCAAAACGUAGUUGAAAUGAAAUCUUGGUCAAGCCCCAAAUUCUGA